UGCCUGCAGUAUCCCAGGGAAGUAAGGAGUAGAGUUUUUAUAAUACUUAAAGGUAAGCUGUAGAAGAAAAAGCAGUAACAACUGGGGAAAAUCAAUUGCUAAAUGGUAAAAAAUUAAAAAUAAAAAAAUAAAAACAAAAAAAUAAUAAAUUAAAUUAAAAUAAGGAACUGCUGAGAUGCAGACUAGCUACCUGAAGCUAUCCUGGCUGAGGAAAUAAAUAACAAUUAAUGUAUAUUUGUGGAAAGAACAAAAAAAGUCCAUGGAAUUAUCACAGAUUUUGAGGAGGAUUAUGCAACAACCCAUCAGCAGCGGUGUAAGAGACUGCCGGUUCCACCAUGUGCCACAUCCUCAACCUAUACUGGCAGAACAUGUGGCUCUACCAGCCGCUGCCGGAAGGCAGGCCCUGGGCGUUGCGCAGAUUCCUGAGAUAGCCUCUGGCGCUGCCCACAUCCGUGGGGAGAUGUUGGGCCUCUUGGCUUCGGUCUCUCGAGGUAGGCUGUUGAUGUUCAAGCCAAGUUCUUUGGAUUCAGCAUUCUGUUUUAUGCAAGCGUCCUACUUGCAGGACAGUAUAGCGUGGUCCCUGGACAUGCAGAAGAUCUGUACCCUGCAGGACUUGCUUUAUCAGAGCAAUUGCAUCUCCUUGCACUGUACUCUCAACGAACAAAACCACCACCUCAUCAGUGAUUUUACUAUCAAGCAGAUGAGGCAAGGGGCAUUCUUAGUGAAUGCUGCCUGUGGUAGACAGGUGGAGGAAAAAGCCUCAGCUUAAGCCCUCAAGGAAAGAAGGAUCCGAGAAGCGGCCUUGAUGUGAAAGUAGCAGAGCAUUUUAGAUUUGCCGGUUGAAAGAUGCACAGAAUUUAAUCCUUACUCCCCAUAAGGCUUGGUAUACUAAGCAAGGAUCAUUAGAGAAAAGGGAGGCAGCUGCUACUGAGAUCUGCCAAUAAAUUGUAGGUCGCAUCCCAGAAAGCUUGAGAAACUGUGUGAACAGGAUUUUCUUUAUUACAACAGCUCCUUGGUCAGUCAUAGAUCAGCAAGUAAUUCAUCCAGAGCUCAAUGGUGCCGCGUACAGAUACCCACCAGGCAUCCGUGGGCGUGGCUCCCGGAGGCUGCCCUGCAGCCGCGGAAGGGAUCAUCCCUGGAAUAUCCCGGUGAUCCACAAUCUCCCAAUGGCGGCACACACUUCCCAGGCUCCAUCUUUCAACCAGCCCACAAAACACAAGGACAUUCGAGAGCACUCUGAUAGCAGAGAAGAUCGAAAGGUAAUCAUUCAGAUAAACCUGGGCCCAGCACUGAAAAACAGAUGAACUAAGUGAAAAGGAAUGUGACACAGUCAAAACUGAUUCUGGACAUAAUGCAUCAUUGAUGCUGCAGUGCUAAAACUACAAAAGAGCUAGAAGCCCAGACGUGGGAAAACUGAAGGUAGUGUCUGCUUCCGGAAGUGCUGAAAGACCAGGAGGAUUUAUUAACCGUCAACUUCUGUUACUGUGUCAAGUUUUUCAUGUAUGCAUCAAAUCAUAAUGAAUAAAUAGAUAUUUUACCUUUAUCAGACCCUUGGGCACAGCAGGUAAGUACUGAGCACCUUGCUCUAGAAUGUUGUGUGAGAGUUCCAAACAUCAAAAUAGAAAAUUUGCUAGUGGAAUCCCCCAUCCUAUGAGUCUAGCCCCUUUGGUCCUUGGAGCUGGUCACCUCUUUUGCUAGUAGGAAGAUUAAAUUACUGCAAAAUGGGGAGAAAACUGUUUACCUCUGUUAGACCACUGGAAGCAGAGGAUUGGAGACAGUACAGGCUCCUGUACAGGAGUCUUUCUCUCACAUCUGAACCAUGUUCUGAGCAGGCAAGCUGGCUGAAGUUCACUAGAGCCCUCUGAUGAUGCAAAAAAAAGUAUUAAGUUCACAAGCUGUUUGUGUAUUUUCUCAGUUUAAGAUCUUUAGCUAUUUUAUUGAGUGAAAAAUAUUGGACUUGGAAAGGUUCAGGAAUAAUGUUGCAUUUCCUUGUCUCAGGAAACACUUUUUACGGUAACUUGUCAUACUGUCCAUGAACAAACCGACUUUUUUCAGACAUUGAUAAAGUCUUCUUUCUUCACAUGAUAUUUUAUUAAAGAACACUUCAGAUGCUAUUUGAUGAAUUGAAUUUAAUAAAUCCUAUUAGAUUUGCAUAAAAUUAGCUACAUGUGAUAUUUGUAGUCUUUUGUGAAUCAUCACCUU